CCGGAAUCACAGAUGACUCACGCCUCGACCAAUCCCAGCCAGCAGUCGUUCGAUCCUAUCUCAGUCACGGCCGCCUCAGCUAAUCCAUACCAGGCGGAGGGCUUGGCUGGCUGGGGUGGCUCCCUGGUCGGUUCAUCAGCUCUGUCGCUAGAUGUGCAGCAGCCGUUGGACAAUUUCGGAAACCCCACAAUGGCGCAACCGACCACACUGGCCACCUCGCCGUACGCAGCCCAUCUGCAGCCACAGCAGCCAGUGCAAACCUCCGCAUCAUUCCUGGAACCAUUGAGUGCUGCCGCCACGACGGAGGCACCUACUCAGUUCACCUUCACCCGACCAUUGCCAACGUACUGGCUAGUCUCAUGCAGCUGCAGGCGUACUCCACUUCUGCCACUUCCGUCCACCAACCUCCAGUGACGUCACCCACGGGAAUAUCCAGCCCUGCUAGCAGUGUUGAUGGAGCUGACUCAGACGUGCCGACCACCAAGACCAUGGUGAGGGAGAUGCUGAAAAAGCGAGGCGUCACCAGCGCGGCAGCAAAUAGUAACGAGACAACGAAGGAGCCAGAUGACAGACAUGAGCACACUCCGGAGGAAGAGGAGAGGCUUGAGAGGCGGCGCGAACGCAACAAGGACGCUGCCACCCGAUGCCGACAGCGGCAGCGCGACCGCAUCUCGUUCCUGGAGAAGCAAGUCGACGGCCUGGACGAUACUCAGGAGAAGCUCAGGAAGGAGCAUGCUGCUCUGCUGGCGGAGAGCGAGCGUCUUCGGGCAAUGCUCUCCAGCCAUAAGUGUGUGAAGAAGCCUAAGGACAGUAAACUAGAGAAUGAAUCCGAUAAUGGUGAAGCUGGAAAAUCUAAGGCCGCCGAAAUGUACGACAGUGCUGAAGCGGCCGUCGCUACUGAGUUCUACGGUGACAGACCCGGCACAGACGUGAACCUCUCUCGAUCAAUCUCCCUGGAAGACGACAGCAACGCGAUGAUUUAUGACAAUGACAUGGAGACGUGAAUCGUAUAGAUCUUGAAUUUCAACAAACCAGUAUUCAACAGGAUACCUCAAAUGUCCUUGGGAGCGCCACACUGAGGCCGAAAACUCAUCUUGAUAUCUUUACUGAUAUUAAAAGACAAAAAUUAUUUUAUAUAAAUGCCCAGCUUGAAUCCACUCAUCUGGGUGCUUGGUUUGCUUAGGCUAAGCAAUACCAAGAGGGAAGAGCAGCCAUUUCACAUGACUGCCACAUUUCUAUCACCUAUCGCCAGCUAGCUACUCGCACUUGUGAAUAUUUUUUUCAAAUUGCUUUGCUUGCUUUUUGUAUUUUUUUAGCUUCCAUCCAUUAGUUUGCUUGUCUGGGUUUGUCAAUUUCUGAAUAUGAUAACACGGUACAUGUACUUAGAAGCUCAAUUCUUUCUUUAAAAAAACAUUUAUGAUAGUCUAAAGCAGCUCAUUUUCCUUUCCAUUAUCCCUAUUCCUUCUAACCCCACCGCCUAGUCAAUGUGUGUGAAAUCAUUGCAUUAUCUACAAUUGUAAGUCGAUGCAUCUUCGUGUUCGCUCCUAACGUUCCAACUUCCAGCAUUAUUGCGCCUGAUUCCAAUGUCCUGCCUGCAGCCGCGCUGUAUUGAUGCUAGUGGUACUACUGUAUUCCGAGGUGAUCGUGACUAGGCAUAUUCUUUUUCGUUUCCUGUUUCAAUUUAGGCAAUUCCUCUUCUGCUCCAUACGCUGCUGUAGGCUUACUAUACUAGGAAUGUGCGAAGCUGGUUCUUGAGUGUUCUGAUCUGCUGCAUGGGGCCUGUGUCUUCUCUCAAGUUCUGGCAUCAGCGCUGAUCACAAUGGCCCUGCUGAGAUGCAUCAUUGCCACUUGUCGCUUCCUUCCCAGACGUUAACAUUUUGACUUUGCAUCCACUCGCCAUUUUGUUGGGAAUGAAACUCCAGGACAGGAAGCGCCUAAACCUAUUCUUGAAUCUAUGCUUGGCAUAAUCCACGGAGCCAUGUGGUCA